UUGCACUUUCACUUUCACACGCCAGACAUUCAGUAAGCUACAGGUAAACAACUUGGACGGGUUUAUUAUCAAUAGAACUGGUGAACAUCAGUCUGUCAGGGUGCUUAUUGGCAGAGCAAUACAAAAUGAAUGAGUCAAACAUCCAGAAACAGUGCCCAAACUGUAGAUUUCCCAUCAGCCGAGGAACUGGCCAGAGUCUGCGUACUUCCUGUGCAAUAUGUUCAACUCUUUAUCGUUCCGUCUUCUUCUUCUGCUGGGAUUGCCAAAGAAAAUGGAAGAGCUCAUUUGCCAACAAUGACAACUGCGGGAACAAGAAGUGUGCAAUCAGGGCAGCUCUUUUGUCCAUGGCUGUUAUUGAGGAGCCCAGCAGUUCAGUGAGAGGCUGCCCCUACUUCAGGGCAUGUCCAUUUUGCUAUGCUCUUGUGACACACACCAACAAAGGCUGCAAGAUGAUUUCCUGCGGGCAGUGCAACAAAUAUUUCUGUUACAAGUGCCUAAGUAAAGGCUACUGCAAAAGCUGCUCCAUUGUGGAUAACACCUCUAGUUUACAGGCUCUAGACCUGCUGUGAUGCUGGCAAAUGACACGAUGAAGGGAGCAGCACACACCUAGAGAAUAUGAAGAACAAAAAGUCCAUCGACCUGACAGAAACUGUGAGAUUCUCCUACGUCACACUCAACGGAUCACAAGCACCUGAGUAUAUUAAUGAAGUGCAUUAGCAGAGAUUAACCACCAAAUAAUUGAUAUAGUGACUUUAAAAUAAACAUAGUUUUUAUUGAUUCCAUGAUAAAAAUCUGCAAAUCAAAAACUGUAUUUACUGUAUUGUUUUAUAAAUGUUUCAUAAUUGACAAUACUGCAUAUACUUUAUCAUAAAAUAGUAAUUUCAAAUAAGGGAAGUAAAUAAAAAUACUGAAACUCUGGUA